AUGAUAUACUAUGCCUAUAAUCCCAAUAAUUACAACAAUGCAACCGUUAAUAACAAUAGAGUCAAGGGCAAGGGAUUACCUACAUCGAAAGAGCAGCAAGACGGACAAUAUAAAAGAGAGAAUGCUGCUUUUGUAGUUCUAGCCCGUAACAGCGAUUUGAACGGUUUGCGUUCAUCGAUGCAAAUGGUCGAAGAUCGUUUCAAUAGAAAAUACAAUUACCCUUGGGUAUUUCUUAAUGACGUACCCUUCGAUGAAAAGUUCAAAGAAUGGACAACUGGGCUGGCUUCGGGAAAGACGUAUUAUGGCGAAUUAACCCAUGAUAUGUGGGGAUAUCCCGAUUGGAUUGAUCAAGACAAGGCUAAACAAGCGAGAGAGAAAAUGGCAGCUGAUAAAGUAAUUUACGGUGGUUCCGAAUCCUAUAGACAUAUGUGUCGAUUCCAAAGUGGCUGGUUCUUUCGACAUCCUUUAAUGGAUCAGUUUGAUUACUAUUGGAGAGUUGAACCUGAUAUCAAAUUUACAUGCGACGUAGAUUAUGAUCCAUUCAGAUUAAUGAGAGAAAGGGAUUUGAAGUACGGGUUUACAAUUUCCCUGCACGAGUACGAAACAACCAUUCCUACGUUAUGGCAGACCACGAAGAAUUUCAUGAAAGAAUAUCCCCAACAUAUCAUUCCUGCUAACAGCUCUGACAGUUUAAUGAAAUGGAUCAGCGAUGACGGUGGUGAGACGUACAACUUGUGUCACUUCUGGAGCAAUUUUGAAAUUGCAUCCUUGGCAUUUUUGAGAUCACAAGCUUAUUUAGAUUAUUUCAAUUAUCUGGACAAAGCCGGUGGCUUCUUUUAUGAAAGAUGGGGUGAUGCGCCUGUGCAUAGUAUUGCCGCUGCAUUGAUGUUGAAAAAAUCAGAAGUGCAUUAUUUCUAUGACAUGGGUUAUUUCCAUAAUCCUUUCUUCAACUGUCCAAGCGAGCCGAGCUGGUUACCCGCCGAAAAAUGUAGUUGUGAUCCAACAGAGAGUAUGGAAAAACAUUGGUGGAGUUGUACUCAAAAAUUUUUAGACAUCGCUGGCAAAAAGACCAGUGAUUUUGUCAUUACAACAAGAAAUUAA